AAUUCUCAAAGCAAUCGAUUUGUUCAAUUCAACCCAGUCAAUCAAUCUCCCCCACUUCGUCUUCUCAAAAAAUGUCCGGCCGCGGCAAGGGAGGCAAGGGACUGGGAAAGGGAGGUGCCAAGAGGCACAGGAAGGUCCUCCGCGACAACAUCCAGGGCAUCACCAAGCCGGCCAUCCGCCGUCUGGCUCGCCGUGGCGGCGUCAAGCGUAUCAGCGGCCUCAUCUACGAGGAGACCCGCGGCGUCCUUAAGAUCUUUUUGGAGAACGUGAUUCGCGACGCCGUCACCUACACGGAGCACGCUCGCCGGAAGACCGUAACCGCCAUGGACGUCGUCUAUGCGCUCAAGAGGCAGGGCAGGACCUUGUACGGCUUCGGUGGUUAAGUUCUUAGGGUUCUUGUAUUCCUUCAGCUGGACCAGCUUUCUGUCUCCGAUUUUAGCUUUCCUAUCUUUUAGUUUGGUGAUCUAUUUGUUCAUAUUCUCGGGAUGAACUGUUAGGAUUUAGCAAUUAGGGUUUUCGAUGUAUCAAUGUCGGGUCAUGCCUGUAAUCUCAAUUUUUCAAUUGAAAUCUGAUGACAUUUCAGAUCCGUGUUCCUCUCCAUUCACGAUUUUUCGAACCCAUUUAUGGAUUAGCUUUGGAGUUAUCGAAUCGUUUUCACGGUUAACGAGUUCUUCAAUCCGCAGGAGCGAGAGCACCUAGUAACCAGAAGUCGUUAAUUGGUACAGCGAUUUUAAUGGCUUCGUUUCAGAAAUUUGGAUAAAAUGGCAGUGAUGAA